ACGGGUACCUAUAGGAAAGUCUGUUCAUUACACGGCCAAGGACCGCGGCCGCUGUAGAAAUGUAUAGCUACGCAAACAGACGAAAACUAAAAUAUUCAUAACACACGCUUUAUUUUGACGCCACAAUGUCGCUCCGACCGCAUGUGGAGGACGCCCCGGAGGAGAGUAGCGCCUUCUUCAUCGGCGCCGACUGGGAGAACGUCUGUGAAGAGAAGGACGAGGACCACCAUCAACUUAUACUACAGAAAGCCAACGCGUUAGCAUCUAAAAACUGCCUCAAAGAAGCCAUUGACUGGUUCUCGGUGGCUAUGCGGUAUUCUCCCGUGCGGCCGGAACAACUUAGCACUUUUGUGGAUUGUAUCCUUCGCAACUUUAAGAGGAAAGCUGCCGGGCCCGGGGAGGUGUCGGGCCGGAGCCGGGAGGCGGAGGACAGCUCCGGGGACGACGUGUUUGACUGCCCCAACUGUCAUAGCUUUCUGGGUGAACCUGUCACCGUGGCUUGCGGACAUUCGUACUGUAAAAGGUGUCACCAACGGCGGCUGUUCUCCAAGUGCAGGCUGUGCAGUGAACCCAUGAGGGGCGAGGAGAAGCCGAAUGUGAUUCUGUGCGGACUUUUAGACAAAUGGUUCCCGGACGAGCUGAAAAAGUCGAAAACAUUAAGUGAGGUGGACUCGCUGUGUAGGAGAAAACACUACCGGGAAGCCGUGUCACUAGCGAGCGAUGUUAUUCAGUCAGAUCCAGAUAGGACAGUGGUGGCGCGACUGUCUCGAGCAGAGGCCUACAUGGCUCUGAAACAGUAUCGUCUGGCUUUGGAGGACACAGAAUUCUGUCCCAGGUCCAGCUGUUCUGCUGAAGCUUUGUUUAGGAAAGCUAUGGUGCUUCAUGAGAUGGGUCAAGUGGACGAGUCUCUCCAAGCCUUUCUGCACUGCCUGGCUGUUGAUGAGGAUUUCCCCUGUGCUAAGAGACAAGUGGAAAAGAUCUUGUGUGACCUACUCUCUCCGGCUGAUGAGAAUGUCAAGGUGGGCCUAAGGGAAACGACGCAAAACACAUUGCCUCACUUGCGCAGUAAAGUCCUUGAGGCUGAUGCCCAAGUUCAACCCCAGAGCCCGGUCCAAAGACAACACCAACACCAGGCCCGUGCUGCCUCUGCACACUAUCUGGACAACCAGGAGAAACGCUGGGAAAGUCUGGAGCGUCCUGGUCUGACCCGAGCUUUUUCGCUACGAGUGCACAGCUCUAGUGGUGGUGAGGGGCUUAAGAGAGUUUGCUCUGCUCCUCAACUAGGGGACCAAGACAAGGGCAGUUUACUGAAGAGGAAGCUGUCAGUGUCAGACACUGAACCCUGUGUCGUUUCAAGUGGAAGUAGCAAGUAUAAAAAAGGUGUGGCAAAAGGCUCCAAACAACAGAACACCAAAUCUAAAACCAGCAGAAAUGUUCCUAAAAAUCUGCUGGACCCCAAUGACUUGGAGUGUUCUCUCUGCAUGAGAUUAUUUUAUGAGCCUGUGACGGCACCAUGUGGCCACACCUUCUGUAAAAACUGCCUGGAACGCUGCUUGGACCACACACCCCAGUGUCCCCUCUGUAAAGAGAGUCUGAAAGAGUAUCUAGCAUGUAGGAAGUACAUGGUGACUACUGUCUUGGACACACUGAUCAAACAGUAUUUGAGUCAGGAAUAUGCAGAGAGAACUAAAACUCAUCUGGAGGAGACCAGAGAGCUUUCCGACCUGACGAAGAAUGUGCCUAUCUUUGUGUGUACCAUGGCUUAUCCCACUGUGCCUUGUCCUCUGCAUGUCUUUGAGCCACGUUACCGCCUCAUGAUUCGCCGCUGCAUGGACACGGGCACGCGGCAGUUUGGGAUGUGCAUCAGUGACUCCCAGAAGGGGUUUGUGGAUUAUGGCUGCAUGCUGAUCAUUAGGAGUGUCCAUUUCCUCCCUGAUGGACGUUCAGUAGUGGACACGAUCGGAGGAAAACGCUUCCGGGUCCUGUCUCGAGGAAUGAAAGAUGGUUACAGCACUGCUGACAUUGAGCAUUUGGAGGAUAGCAGGGUGGAGGACAGCAAUGAACUCGAGAGACUACAAGAACUGCAUGAUGCUGUGUAUGAACAGGCCCGGGUUUGGUUCCAGAACCUCAAGGUCCACUUCCACAACCAGAUCCUGCUGCACUUUGGACCAAUGCCAGACCGAGAAGCUGACAUCCAGGCAACUCCAAAUGGUCCAGCCUGCUGCUGGUGGCUGCUGGCUGUUCUACCUAUUGACCCUCGGUACCAGCUCUCUGUCCUCUCCAUGACCAGCCUCAAAGAACGCCUGGUGAAGAUCCAGCAGAUCCUCACAUAUCUGCAGAGCAUCCCCAACAACUAGAGCUUCCCCACAACCAACGUCCUUCGGACUGUGAAGUCACAUUUAAGAAACAAUUUCUAUCAACAUCCCACCAAUCGUUGUUUCUACUGAUAGCUGAUCCGGUUAUUUUUCUUUUUACGGCCUCAAGACCCCAAAAUAUACAGUUAUGUCUUUAAAACAUACAAAAGAUUACUGCAAAGCACCAACAUCCUGACCUGUGGAUCAUUAAAACCAGAUUUAUGGCCAAACCACCUCAGGGAUACCUGCAGUGAUACAUUUUUUUUUUUUUUUUUGUCAUUAUUAAAAAUAAUUUUUUAAGAAGAGAGAGAUAUUAUAGCACUAUUUUCUCUUGCUCUUGUUCUUAAUGCAGUUAAUUUUCAAGAGAACUUCCUGAAUGAUUGUUGAGAAAUUAGAAGAGCGGUUGCAAUUACACUUGGUAAUGUUUUGUUGAUACUAUUGAGAAUGACAAAGAGUAGUGUCUCUUAACAAUCACUUUUUAGUGUCACUAUUUUCUGAUUCAUACGAAUGGAACUGGGGUGAAAUGAGUUGAAUCUGUUUCUGUUUUUGUAUCAUAUCUGGUGAGACCAGUGGAAGGAAGUAUUCUGGUUUUGUCUGCUGGCCGUAAGACUUGUUCAUAUGUUUAUAUAGGGGAGAAAUGGAGCGAUUCUGUGAAAUGAAAUCCUAAAUGCUGAAAGUCCAAAAAGGAAAAGCAAGAUAAUAACUACACUAAUUCUACAGCCUUUAACAGACACGGAUAGAUGCUUGAAGAUGUCAUCCAGUCGAGUUUAGAGGAACCAUGUGAAUAGAAAAAUGCAAAACCAAGUGCAACUACAGGCUGGUUUAAGUGUAUCAAACAUUGAUGAAAGUAUUAUUCUCGUCUGAGCAUCAAGUUUUCUUCCUACUGACUUUUCUUUUCAGUUAUUCACCACCCACAAGUUCCAUCUCUGCCACUACUGAGUGUCAAAGGACUUUGAAAGAAAGAGAUGAUCUGUGUUUGCUUCCAUCUUUUUUACUUUUGAGUUUCUUCUUGGUUCUCAUGCAAAGGUUUUCCGCUUUGUUCUUCCUAACAUGAGUUUAGAGGAACCUGUGGCCAAUAAACUCAUUGUUUUUCUGUCUUUCAACACUUCUUCCUAUGAUGGCCCCAGGGUCGACCCUGUCUUCUCUUCUCUUGUUGGCUCACACUGUAUCUUACCUUUAUCUCGUCUGUAACUUGUCUCUCCUGAAAACCAAAAAAUCUGCUUCCCAUUGAGUUCAUUGGAACGGGAUUAAUUUAUCAGUAAAAAAAACAUGUUUGUACAUUCUGACCUUGAGUUUGUGUUAGAUAAUAUAAGUGGGUCUUGCAAUAUAAUGACAAAUCAAAACCAGAAAAAAUGGCAUGUAUACAGCAAAUGGGUUAGCAUCAUUCUUCAUUACAAGCUGCUCUCUGUUUGCUUGGAGGAGAGAGGACGGUACCUGCAGCAUUUCAGUCAGGUGGCUGCAUUUGCCUUACACCAUUUUGCAUUGUGAGUUUAUUAACGCGAUGCAUUUGCUCGGUUACCAUUCCCUUUUUUCGCCAUAGCAUGAAGUAUGUUUUAAUUGUAUUUUUUUCCCGUUAUUUUAAGCUACCAUGUGUUCAUAUCUGUAAGAAAUUGGAAAAAAAAAAAACUCGUCGAGACUUCUUUGUAAGUUGUAUGUAAACCAUUUGUACAAAGGCUUUUUGGGCAUAUCUUUCUUUUUGCUCAAAUGUUUUAAGUUAUCGAUUUUCAAUUAAAAAAUGCACUUUUUUUCAA